AUGCUGCGAGAAGCAGAGAAAGACCCCAGAAAGACAGCAACAGCAAUACCCUUCCUAUGGGGGUCUCUUUUUGUGCUGCUGCUGUCUCCUAGACACCUCUCUGCUCUUUGUAUCAGUCUCCUUUCUGUUGGAGACCCGGCUGCAGGGGUCUUCCGCAGCUACUGCAGGCGUCGAGCAGCAGCAGCAGCAGCAAAAAGAGCAGCAGCAAUACCAGCAGCAGCAGCAGCAGCAGCAGCAGCUACUCCUCAUGCUGAUGCACGGGCUGAUGAUACUGCUGAGAGUGCAGAGAUGUCUCAGAAGAAAGGCCUACAAGAAAAAGUAAAAGAUGUUAAUAAUGUCUCAGUAAAGUCUUCAAAGGUUGCUGCUGCAGAGGGGAACAGCAGCAGCAGCAACAGCAGCAGCAGCAGCAGCAGCAAAAGCAGCAAGAACAGCAGCAGCUACUGCUGCUGCAAGGACAACUAUACAGGCAAGAAGUGCUGGUGUGGGUUCUUCGGGUGUAUGUUGGUUUGUGCUGCUGUGACAGUACUUAUUGCUCUUUGCUUUGCCUGGCUGCUGCAGCCUGCAGCAGCAACACCGGGUUUAUCUGCAGUAGCAGCAGCAGCAGACGCUGCAGCAGCAGAAGCAGCAGCAGCAGCAAGGGUAGAAAACCCUGUUCUUCGCACUGUUCUCAAAUGGAGCGGCUUGCCUUACCCGUGGCCCUCUCUUGCUACAGGAGAUGCAGCAGCAGCAGCAGCAGCAGCAGCAAAAGCAGCAGGAAAGGAAGCAGCAGCAGAAAUGUACAUAGGGGGUAGGCUGCUAAGCGGAGAAGCAGCAAGUUGGGUUUGUUUGCUGCUGGUAAGCUUGGUAGUAGGGUUUGUUGCUGCAGCAGCAGAAGCAUUUCCUUUACAACGCCUUGAUGACAAUAUUCUGAUGCCUGUUGCCUGUAUGGUUUGCUUCACUGGGGUUUUUGGGGUGUAUGUACACCUCAGAGGCCUGGACGGUGCUGUCUUGCUGCCUGAAGAUGUACAGCAUUUAAACAUCUUCGAUGAGAUCGGUCUGCUGCUCUUCGGUUUAUAA